CUCGGUCCUAAUUUAAAAUCGGUAAGCUUUGAGAAAAUAUCGAGUAAAUAAAAUUUUGUUCAUUUAAAAUCUGUCUGAAAUGUCCGCCGAACAAAAUGGUUCAGCGAUGACUGAAGCUCAAGAACAGUUAAAAAAUUUUUGGAUCAAAACUAUGGAUGACAUUAAUAAUCUGAAAUCGAAUGAAUUCAAAACCCAGGAGCUACCUCUGGCAAGAAUCAAAAAGAUAAUGAAGAUGGAUGAGGAUGUGAAAAUGAUUAGUGCGGAGGCACCAGUUCUGUUUGCGAAGGCAGCUGAAAUUUUCAUAAACGAAUUGACACUGAGAGGUUGGGUGCAUGCCGAGGACAACAAGAGAAGAACAUUGCAGAGGAACGACAUUGCAAUGGCCAUCACGAAAUACGACCAGUUUGACUUCCUCAUUGAUAUAGUCCCCAGAGAAGAAAUCAGACCUGCAAAAAAAGAAGAUGCUUUGGAAACGAACAAGAUGUUCUAUGUAGUUGACCAACCAGCACCAACACCGCAGCUACAAGUUCAAGCCAGCCAGGUGAUACCGCAACAAAUACAACUCCUCCAGGGAAGCAACGGUGUCAUAUUGUCACAGCCCGUGAUCGACGCGACACAUCACCAACUUCAGCAGCAGCAACAGCAGCAGCAUCCAGCUCAGCAGAUCAUACAGCUGCAAGCUGCGCCACAGCAAGCUGCACAGCAGACCAUCACGCAGACUCAGCAGCAGCAACAACUUCAACAGCAACUACAACAACAACAGCUGCAACAGCAGCAACAACAACAGCAACAAACUAUGCAAGUUUUUACGCAAGUUGUGGGCCCUAAUGGAGAUGUACAGCAGAUACCUAUCCAGCUGACACCGUCACAGCUUCAGCAGAUUGCUCUGCAGAUGCAAGGCAAGCAGCCCGGUCAGCAAAUCGUCAUCCACACAGCUGGUACCAUCGACCAAUCAAAUUCAACCAACGCUACGACCAUCGACCAAUCACAACAGCAGCAGCAACAACAACAACAGUUCAACACCCAGACGAUAUAUAGUCAGAUUCCUAUGUACAGUCAGAACAGUGGUUGAAGAUGAUGUUGAAAGGAAGAAUGAUCUUAUUAUUAUUAUUAUUAUUUGAUUAUUAUUAUUGUUUUUGCUACUAAUACUACUAUACUAGCAGUAGUUAACUAAUAGUUUUUUGAGUAUUGAAAUAAAAUCGUUCGUUCAUUUCACUUAGAAGAAUUUUAAUUUAACGUAUAUUUUAUUAUUACAAUUUCUGCUAUUAUUAUUAUUAUUAUAAUUAUAAAACCAACAUUGGAAAUUAUUUUAAUGUAUAACAUUAAGAUAAUUUAAAACGAAAGACUGCAACAGCAAAAACAGUAAUUUUUAUUACCAUUAUUAUUAUUAUCUUUUGUGAAUUAUCAUGAAUAAAAGUUUAAAUAAAUCA